AUGUCAACUUUUCUUCUCUACGAAGGCCCAAUGGGCUACUCGAUUUUCAAGGUCGUCCAUCAAGCUGACACUGUUGGCAAUCGACUCAAGGAAGUACAAGACAGUGUGCAGGAUCUGUCGCGGUUCGGCAAGAUGGUGGACCUGGUCAGUUUUCUGCCAUUCGAGAAUGGAAAACAAGCUCUGGAAGAACUCCACGAUAUCUCCGAAGGAAUCGCAUCCGACUAUCUGAAAUCCUUUCUGGAACUGAACUUACCAAAAGCUGGAAAGAAGAACAAGGUGACACUUGGAGUAUCAGACAAAAUUCUUGCUGGCAGUAUCAAGACCGCUUUCCCGGGCAUUGAGUGCGAAACGGGGGACACGAGUGAGGUCGUUCAGGACAUGCUUCGAGGAAUUCGAUUGCACUCGGAAAAGAUGCUCAAACAACUCCGGGAAGGCGAUACCAAUACUGCGCAGCUUGGUCUGGGUCAUGCAUACUCCAGAGCCAAAGUCAAGUUCUCCGUGCAGAAGAACGACAAUCACAUCAUUCAGGCCAUUGCAAUUCUGGACCAACUUGACAAGGCCAUCAACACAUUUUCAAUGCGCGUUCGCGAAUGGUACUCCUGGCAUUUCCCCGAACUCGUCAAGAUUGUCUCAGACAACCACAAAUACGCCAAAGUGGCACUUUUUGUGAAAGACAAGAAGACCUUGUCCGAUGAAAGCUUGCACGAUCUCGCCGCCGUGGUAGACGAUGAUGAGGAGAUGGCAAAGAGUAUAACUGAUGCUGCGAAGACGAGUAUGGGUCAGGAAAUAUCCGCGUCGGAUAUGGAGAACGUCACUCUAUUUGCACAACGGGUUGUCAGUCUGGCGAAUUACCGAAAGACUCUACACAGCUAUCUUGUCUCUAAGAUGGGCGUGGUGGCGCCGAACCUGGCCACUUUGAUUGGAGAAAUUGUGGGGGCUCGACUUAUUUCUCAUGCCGGCAGUCUCACCAACCUGUCCAAAUAUCCCGCCUCGACCGUCCAAAUAUUAGGAGCUGAGAAGGCGCUUUUCAGAGCUUUGAAGACCAAAGGCAACACACCGAAGUACGGUUUGUUAUAUCACUCAUCGUUUAUCGGGCGAGCUGGACAAAAGAACAAAGGAAGAAUAUCUCGGUUCCUAGCCAACAAAUGCUCGAUUGCGUCCAGGAUAGACAAUUUUUCAGAAACUCCCUCGACAGUUUUUGGGCAGGCCUUGAAGAAACAAGUGGAAGAGCGAUUAGAAUUCUACGCUUCUGGAGCACAACCUACGAAGAACGAAAUCGCCAUGAAGGAUGCAAUGGACAAAGUUCUCAAAGAAAUGGACAUCGAUGCGCCCACCAUGGUGGAUGUUGACGAAGAGAUGUCCGAUGUCGAACCUGUAGUAGUUCAGAGGCAAGAAAAGCGCAAAAAGGACAAGAAAGAAACCAAAGAGAAGAAAGAGAAGAAGGAAAAGAAGGAAAAGAAAGAAGAGAAGAAGAAGAAGCGCAAAUCAAGCAAGGUGAACGGCGAGGUGGAAGAGAAGAGAGAGAAGAAAAAGUCCAAGACAUAG